CUGUCGGCUGCUGGAAGGAGGCAAGAUUAAGAGCGGCACGGAGCGUCUGCAUCCUCCGCAGUCUCCUUCUCAUCCCGCCCGUCGGAACUGAGCCUCAGACGGGCGCGCGGACCAGACGCCAGCCGGCAAAAACGUGACGACGGCUGCGGCCGCUGCUUUUCCUUAUCGCCUCGAGGACACACAGCAAUGUGAAUGGCGGCAGAAUUCCUCAGCAGGGCCGUCAGUGAGGGGCAGGAGGAGCCGCCUGCCUCCGGAGCCGUCGCUCACUCGCAUGCGCGGAGCCACGGCCACCUCCAGUUCCAGCCCCUGACACGCACCUCCCAGUGGCAGGCCACUCUGGAUCACACCAGGAGCCACGCUCGCACUCAUCACUUCAUCACUCCCCCGCGCGCGCAGCAGCCGAGGUACAGCUGUCGCCUCACACGCAGUCUCACGGCCAUGACCAAAGCGGAGAGGGGAGUGCAGGGCUCUGCGGAGAAGAUGACCAAGGCCAGCGAACCCUUGGUUCCCAAAGCUCCUCAGCAGUCUUUGCAGACAAACCUGAACCAGAAGUUGACCAUAUGCAGCAAAUUAUGCUUUGCGAUCGGCGGCGCUCCCAAGGAGGUGACGUCCAGCGCUUCAGCCUUCUUCCUGCAAAUCUACCUGCUGGAUGUCGCUCAGAUCAACCCCUUCCAGGCCUCCUUGGUGCUGUUCAUAGGCAGAGUGUGGGGUGCCGUGACUGACCCGGUCAUCGGGUUCCUCAUCACGAAGAGCAGCUGGACCAAGAUUGGCAGACUCAUGCCCUGGAUACUGGGUUGCACUCCGUUUCUGGUGGUGUCGUACUUCUGCCUCUGGUUCGUUCCCCCCUUCGUCAACGGCAGGUUCGUCUGGUACCUGGUCUUCUACUGCCUCUACCAAACCCUCAUCAAUUGUUUCCACGUGUCUUACUCUGCCCUCACCAUGUUCAUAAGCACAGACCAGAAGGAACGGGACUCAGCCACUGCUUACCGAAUGACGGUGGAGGUGAUGGGGACGCUUUUGGGCGCUGCCAUCCAGGGCCAGAUCGUGGCCAGCGCUCACACUCAGAAGCAUUGCUCUCCUCACAACAUGUCUGCUGGUUACCUUGGAAACAGCAGCGGGGCAGAGAUCGUGAAGAGCCUGGUGCCCUCCCAGGAGUACCUGUCACAAGCUAAGGAGGUCUACUUGAUUGCUGCGGGUGUGAUAGGAGCAGUGUUCCUGCUGUGCACUCUGGUGAUGUUCCUGGGAGUCAAAGAGCGGGAAGAUCCCUACGGCCCGAAGACGGAGGAGCAGAUCCCCUUCGUGCAGGGCUUCCUCAAAGUGAUGGGACACGGGCCGUACAUCAUCCUGACAGCUGCAUUCCUCCUCAUCACUGUCGCAGUUCAGCUGACACAGAGCAAUUUCGUGCUCUUCUGCACCUACGCUGCCGGACUGAGGGAGCACUUCCAGAACAUCGUGGUGGUGAUCCUCGUCUCUGCGCUGUUCAGCAUACCGUUCUGGCAGUGGUUCCUGAAGAGAUUUGGGAAGAAGACAGCAGCUUUUUGUGGCAUCACGUGGAUCAUGCCGUUCUCCAUGAUGCUGGUGUUCAUCCCUAACUUGGUGGUGGCUUACAUUGUGGCUGUCUCCUCUGGGCUCAGCAUAGCUGCGUCGCUGCUACUGCCAUGGUCCAUGCUGCCAGAUGUGGUGGAUGAUUUCAGACUGACGAACAGCUCCUCUAAAGGCCAUGAAGCCAUCUUCUAUUCGUUCUACGUUUUCUUCGUCAAGUUGGCCGCUGGCAUCACCCUGGGAGUGUCCACUCUCUGCCUGCAGUUUGCUGGGUACGAAACCCGCGGCUGCUCGCAGCCCCCUCCUGUGGUGUACACCCUCAAGCUCCUGAUCGGCGCCGCACCCAUAGCCUUCAUCGUCACGGGGUUAAUGAUCCUGGUUUUGUAUCCCAUCAACGAAGACGUACGGCGCAGGAAUAAACUCUGGCUGGAGGAGCUACGGUGUGUAGAAAUCAUUAAUGCACAACUGCGGGAAAAGCUCUAAUCCUUCAACUCUGUCCUUCCUUUCAACCUCCAAACUGCUGCAAACUUGUUGCGAAAGACUUUCUGUUAAAAAAAAAAAAAAACUGGUGAGAGGGGGAGGAAAAAUGCUGCUGUAAAGUGGUGGCAGUACCAAAGUGAUCCGCCAAUGUAAAUACUCAGGGGGACUCCAGCUAUCUUAAAGAUACAGCAUUUGAACACAUGUAGUUAGAUUAAAUAUUUAAGGUUCAUGGGCUCUGAACUUCCUGAUUUCCCUUUGUUUCUUCAUCAACCUACUCACAAAGCUUUGCAGUGACUAGACAAAGCAACUCGCAGGAUCUUUUUGUGUUAAAAGUCAAAAACAUAUUUCUUCUGUAAGUUUUCAGAUUCUUCACUAGGUCUUUUGGUGACAUCAAUUGCUUGGGGCCGUUUCCAAUUCCUCCAAUUAGAAGAGCUCAGACAAAUAUCAAGGGUCAAAAGUGCCACAGUCCAACAAAUAGAUAAUAAGUACAUUGAACAAAUAUGGAUAUAUUAAAAGUUACAGAAAUGUGCCAUUAAAUCAUCAAAGCCAAACAACUGAUAGGGUAUAAAUAGUUUUCAACAUGCUAUUUGGUAAAAGGUCAGUAAAACAUAAAAAAUUGUUUUGCUUCCAAAGGAAGAAAAACAAAAGAGGUGAGAUAUCUCACUUCCUGUCACAAAAAAACCUUGGCUUAGUGAAAACAAUUUCAAAUCUAAAUGUAUACAUUUGUUAGAUUGCGGCACUUGUUAGCUAGCUCAGAAGAGGUGCAUGAGUGCACUGCCAUUUUUGCACUGGAGAUACCCGUCUGGUCGAAUGAAUUGUCUUGUGUGAAUGGAAACCGAGAUUGUGAGCGGUGUGGAAAGGAUUUCUCCUCUGUUUUCCUACAUUUGACUUUCCCUGCAUCCUGACUUGUCUCCAAACGCGUCAUAAACAAAGAUCCCCAUGCCAUAAGUUGACUUUAGGAGUUCUAAUUAGGGACAGCUAAAUCUUGUUGUAAGCUGUAGCCAAAUAAGUCUUGUAGAUUGAUGAA